UAAUGUAUUUCUAUCACAUCCCAAGUUAAAACAACCAUUUUGGCUACUUAGAUUUCUGUUGUUUUCCUUCGUAUCGAUGGAAUUGUUAUUCUAUCGUCUCAUACCGUCUAACUUAUUCACUAAUCGUGUUGUUUACUUUUACGACGUAUGUGUUAGUUCAAUUGUUUGACUCCCGCAAACCCACUCGUCUUCAGUUUUCGUACACAUGGUCGGCCGUGUUUAGCAGUCGUCUUUCGUGGUGUAACGCAUUAAACUCUCGUUUACAUUCGGUUUCAGUAACCAGAAGUUAAUUUCAUCAUGAAGUUCAUAAAAGGAAAGCGACCACAGAAUGGUCGAGAUCGUGGAGGGCGUACUAAAGCACUGCAAUCUGGUCCUCAUAAUCGUUUACGUUUAGCUGCAGCCAAUAAAGCUGCAAAAGUUAAACGAUUAAAAGCUGCCCAAAGACAGUCUAAUAAUGAUACAUUAAACAAAAGAAAAAUAUUGACAAAAAAUUCAAGAGUGGCCAUAAAUAAUGUGAUGGAUGCCCGUGUUAGACUUUUGCAAAAAGCUUUAGAAAAGCCUACUGUAAUAGUAGAUGCUAGACAAAAACUAACAAAACAGAAAGAUGCUCGUGAAAAAAUCCAAGAACGCCGAUUACAUUCAUCAUCUUAUGAUGGUACUCGUAGUAUGGGAACAUCAAGAGGACUUUCCAAUAACUUAGGUCGUGUAAAAAUUGACCGUCGUGGCAUUCUUACUGUUAAGUCUAUUUUGGAUGAAAGAGCUUCUUCACAUCAUUCAAGUGUUCGUGAUCGACGACCUACUGUAAAUCAAGGACGUUUUGAUGGUGUAGAGAAAAGACAUAGUAGUAAUACAUUCAAUUCUGAGUUGAACACAUUUAGAAGCGACAGACCGGUUGAAGAAAUAAGACCAAUGAGACGUGAUAUGAGAAUCUCAAGACGUCCAAUAUCAAAUGCUCAGUCUAUGAGACAACCUUUUGAGCGUUCUACUAGACCUUCAAGAAUAAAUGAAAAACCAUAUAGUAGGCCUAUGGCAAUGGAUUAUGAAGAUUCAAUGGAUUGGGAAGAAACCAAUAGAUACUCUCCGACCCCAGUAAUGAGACGGAAUAUAGGUGGAAAUGCAAUGUUCAAUCGUGAUGGAUAUGAAGAUGAUUUAUUAGACAGAAAUUCAAGGAAUCAUAGAGGGUUAAGUGAAACAUUACGUUCAAGAUUAGAUUCUCGUCAAACAGUUAUGGCUAAGCGUUCACGUCCCUCUGGUCAUAAAAUUGUUAUUUCUAAUUUAGAACCGUCUGUUACAUCUGAAGAUAUUAGAGAACUUUUUGCUGAUAUAGGUAAUUUAUUAGAGUCUAGAGUAGUUCGACCCGGUGUUGCAGAAGUAAUAUAUGAACGUCGUGCAGAUGCUAUUCAAGCAGUUGAUGUAUAUCACAACAGGCAGCUUGAUGGCAGGCCUAUGAAGUGUGAUAUGAACAAGUCGCAGAAUGCCUUCACGUGCUAUUGAUAUGUAUAAACCUUCAGCGUACGUCACAUACGAUAUAGAUGCUGUACAUACUGCAUUAUUUAAUAAGUAGUUUUAUAUCCCAAUUAAAAUA